UUUCAGUCGUGUCAUUUUGUUUCGAUCGAAGUUUUCUCACAAAAAUCAGUGAUUCGUCUUGUAAACCUCCCUCGUACGCUUAAACCACAUUCGGAAAGUUAAAGAAGCUCCACGGAUAUCCACCAUGAACGCAUUCGGUGAUAAUUUCGAGCAAUCGGAGGUCGAUCCCGCGGCAGAGUUUUUGGCACGCGAGCAGGACGCCCUUGCUGGGCUUGAAGACGAAAUUCCCAGCGUUGCAGCGUCGGCGACGAAUGGUUCCGUCAAUGGUGAUCCCGUACCGAAAGCAGAAUCGACCGGACUCGGAAAUGAGCUAAAUGGAAGCUUUGAAAUGAUCAGUAAUGCCGAUGCGCAAGAUCCAACCAUCUCUUCUGCCGAUAACAAUCCCAACGCAGAAGAUGAUAAUGAUGAUUUUGCAGGCUUUACAGUGCCGAAGCAGGUGACGGAAGAGCCGGAAAAGAUUCGCAAGUGGCGUGAGGAACAGAAGACCCGCCUGGAGGAGAAGGAUUGCGAGGAAGAGCGCAAGAAGGAUGAGCUGCGUGAGCAGGCACGCAAGGAGCUGGAGGAUUGGUACAAACAUCACGAGGAAGCCAUCUCCAAGACGAAAGCCGCCAACCGGGAAUCGGCCAAAAAUGCCGAAAAACAGUUUGUGGCCGAAACGGACGAGAUCGAGCCGGGCACCGAGUGGGAACGGAUCGCCAAGCUGUGCGACUUCAAUCCGAAAACGAACAAAUCGAGCAAAGAUAUUUCGCGUAUGCGCUCCAUCAUUCUGCAACUGAAGCAGAAUCCCCUCCAGGCCAACAAGAAGGUUUAAGCCGCAACGGACGACAGCAGCAAGACGGGCCUCCGCCUCCUCGUCGUUUCUCAGGAGCCUGGUGCGAGAAGGCGCUACGACGAGCGCUCAUACAAACCAUACAUACCACGCGUGUACAUCCACUGCACUUUAGCACCAGCAGCCUCCUCUUUCUCAUACAAUGGGGCACCAAUUGCCGCACAGGAGAAGGUGGGUGACGAUGCUGAUAGUAGGGAAAAAAACGGAACAUUUCGCGAGAAAGUAAUUAAAAAGAAAAUCCUACAAAAGUUAUAAGACGUUUGAGUUAUAGUAGUAACAUAUAACUAUAAAUAAUAUUAUUAGUAAUUACGCUAAUGUUUGCAGAAGAAUAAUACAAUGUAAUGCUCGAGGACCUGCUCAGAGCGACAGAGGGAGAGAGAAAGCUGUAAGUUAUAUAUUUCGCAGUAUAUAAAGAAUGUUUUACAGCAGGAGAAGAAAAUUAUUCCAUUCUCGGGCAGGGCAGGACUAAGAUUACACAAAAAAACAUUCAUGCAUAAAUGGGAGUGACAGAAAAGAGUUGAAAAUACAUUCAAGUAUCGAAAUCGAAAAUAAAUUCAAUUGUU